AUGAAAUACGUCUCAAACUGGCAUCCUGUCCACGGGGUCCCCAUCGUGGAUGGAAAGUUCCAAAAUCCCACUACUGGUGUCAUCGAAGAGAUAACCGACAAGAACUUUGUGAUUUGCGGGCCUCCUUUUAUCAAAACUACGUGGAUAAAUCUGAAACCUGGCAACGGAUUUCGCACUAUAUGCACCGACUUUCCACCCCCGAUCGAAGAUGUUUUUGUUGCUAUUGCGGGCCAUGUGAAAGAAAGGGCGUACGAAAUCGAAAAUAUCAGCGCGACCAAGUAUGAAAUGACGGUGGUCUGUUCAACCAAUCUGACUCAGGAGAUGAUGCACGAGGUGGUGAUGCGGAUGAAAGGGAAUUUGUGGAAGGAUGUGUACGUUCCGCCGGAGGCAAUUGCGGCUUUCGAGGCAUUUAUGGAAGACGAGCGAAAGAAGGAAAAUCCUCGGUUCUGAUUCAUUGUCUG